AAGAAAGAAUAUAAUUAAAAUUGAAAUAUAGUAUGUUCUAGUACACCUACCCGGCUCAUGUUAGCAAUGAGCAUCUCCUCUCUCGAUUACACACACUUUCUCUCUUUCUCUUUCUGCACAACUUGUGAUUAUACUUUUUCUCAAUCCCUUUCAAAUUGCGUUUUUUCAGGGUUUUUGCUUGCACGCAACAAUUUCCUUUUUUUAUUGUGAUAAAGUUACAUUUUUUCCACCCUUCAAUGAUUGCAUGAAGCCAAGAAAGAUAAUUGUGGAUUUGAAUCCAGAACGAGUUUUUAUCUAGUUUAGGGGUUUGAUUUUGGAGCCACACUUUAGGAAUUAGGAUUGGUGAUUGAUUGGUAAUCACUGGGAACCAAUUUUCUUUAGUUUUUGUUUCAUUGCAAGUUGUGAUUGUGAAUUGUGAUUGGAUUCUAAAUGGAUGACAUUGAGAAUGAUGCAAUUGCUAGGUAUCCCCCUAACCCCUAUGCUGUUAGUCACCCUCAUAAUCAAGGUUAUGGUUAUCAGAAACAUCCUUUUAGGAAUUCUCAUUCCCAUCCAGUUGUAAAUGAAUCUGUCGAAGAUUUUAACGGUGGUGGUGAUGAAGAAGAUGAAUACAGGUUAGGAGGGAAAGAUGAUGAUGAGGAUGACGUUGGUCAAAAUAGGAGCGCUCGAGUUCCCAUGACUCAUGUUGAUGAAGAUGAUGACAUGGAUGGGGAUGGCGAUGAAAAUGAUGAUAAUGACCAACAACAGAGUGAGGAGUAUGGUUAUCUGAAACAUCCUAUGAGGAAUUCUCCAUAUUCCCGGCCAUUUGACAAUGAAGGUAACAAUGAUGGGGAUGAUGAAGAUGAAGAGCCGUUAGUGGGGGAAGAUGAAGGUGAUGGUGAUGAUGAUGUUGAUCAAAAUAACACCUUUCAGCUUUCCCUAAAUCACGCCGAUGCAGAAGAUAACAAUGAUGGGGAUGGGGAUAGGGAUGAAGAAGAUAACAUUGAUGGGAACGCAGAUGGGGAUGGGGAUAGGGAUAGGGAUGAAGAAGAUAACGUUGAUGGGAAUGGGGAUGGGGAUCGGGAUCGGGAUAGGGAUGAAAAUGGUGAUAAUGACAAUAAGCAGAAAAGUUAUGCCAUGAUGAAUGAAGAUGAAUUUGAGUGGCAGCCAAAAAAGCAAAAGCUAAAGAGUUUGAUGUCAACCUAUGAAUUUGCAGCUCGGGUGCCAGAACCAUCUGCUGCAGCUUCUUCAGCUACUAAACCAUCUUUUGGUGCUAGAAAUUCGCUUAGUGAAUGGACCGAGAAAGAGACAUUUGUUCUUCUUGAUGCAUGGGGUGAUCGGUUUCUUCAACAUGGAAGGAAGAGUCUUCGAUCUGAUGAAUGGCAACAAGUUGCAGAAAAGGUAUCAGAAGUUUCAAAAGUUUAUAGGACAGAUACUCAGUGUAGAAAUCGUUUGGAUACAUUGAAGAAAAAAUACAAAAAGGACAAGAUUAAGUUUUCAGAAAUGGGUGGUGGAGAUAGAAAAUGGGUUUACUUCAAAAAGAUGGAUAAGUUAAUGUCUUCUCCACCGCAACAAGCAGGUUUCUCUUGUGGUUUGGACUCGAGAGAAAGUGUUUUAAUGAAGCCUAGAGUUUUUGUUAAUCAUGCAAAUGGGUUGGAUGACACGAGGGAUAAUCCCGUGAAUACUGAAUUCAUUGGUGUAGAAGGUUUAGAAAGGCCUCGCGCAAAGAAAAGAAGGAAAGGUAGGGGCAGUGACGAGGCUUCUUCCUUCAAAUUACUUGCUGAUUCCAUUCAGAAUUUCAGUAAGAUAUAUGAGAAAAUUGAAAAUAAUAAAAGGCAGCAGAUAAUGGAGCUGGAAAAGAUGAGGAUGGAUUUCCUCACUGAAUUGGAAACACAAAAGAGACAGAUUUUUGAAAGAUUGCAGAGUGAGAUUUCAAAACUUGAGCAAAGAGAUGAUUAACGUUUCUGUUGAAUCAGGUCUCUUAAGUGUUAUGCAUUGCAUUGUUGUGUAACGCAGAAUGCUGACACCAAACAGCUAGUUGUUGUAUCAUAUUUGAGGUGUUUCGCCUAUUCUUCAAAUUUCUGAGGCAAUGUUCACUUUACUGGAAUCAAAACUGGAUAGUCCAGCCAUCUAUCAUUACCUUGUUGGCAUUUUCAGAGUUCAUUGCUUUCUCAUGUCAAAUUUAUGAAUAGUGUCAUGUGUUUAUUAUUUUCUGCUCAUUAAAACAAGCAUAAUGAAUCAAUUGUUUUUUGAUUAUAUAACUUAUACUUGAAACUUUGACCUUCUUUUUUAUGUUUA